AUGUCUCAGACUCAAACUCAGACAUUUGACAGACAAUGUUCCCAGAGUCCGUUUGCCAUUGCGAAUGUUCAGGAGAGGCACCGAAGAAAACAGCACCGACAGAUGGGAACAUUGCACCCGUCUCAUACGCCAGCGGAUGCGUGACAUCUUUUGGGUCGGGGUGAUUUACCUCGCUAGCGAAUUGCUCAUAUGGGGUCUCUACAUGGGCCUGUUCAAGCCCCGACUUGAGUUCCUGUCAUCCAUCAUUGGCAUGGUGGUGGUGUUUUGUUUCAUGGUCGCCAUUUCAUAUCUUUGUCCGGGGUUAGAGGGCUUCUAUCACCGCCACAUCAAGUACAAGGUCGACUUUAUCAAUAGCAACUUGGGCAUUGGCUUUCCGGUGCCCAUCAUCACCAUUAGGGAGCAGAAUUUACUUGGCGGUAAGGGGAUUGGAAGAGUGAUUGGCAACUUUUUGAACACGAACGUCAUCUUUUGGAUAUUGGUAUUCCUGCUUUCUUGGGGCAUCCUGGCCGGAAUCCUCAGAAUCCCAACCCUCUCCCUACGCCAAUCUGAAAAGAACAGUGAAGCCGACGUCGACACCGAAGUCGACCAGUCAUGGCACUCCAGUGGGCAAAACACCCCCGUCCCACGCAUCCAGAUGCCCCCUGCGACCCUCAGCCGCAGGCCAUCCGAGUCGACGACCCUGAACGGAACCACGAUCAACGGAUACCAUACCGAUAAGGAAGCGGGACUGGGUCUAGACUCGAGGACCGUCUCGGCUUACUUCACCGACAGUGAUUGCCAGACCCCUAUCCCACCUCCAAGCCCACUAGGCCACUAUCACGAUCGAGUAUCGCUCUCAAGCUCGCAGCGACCCCAAGUCUCGAGCGGAGAGGGAACGCAAAGAUACAGCUGGGCUAGAGAGUGCUAUCCCAUUAUCUUGUCAAUCUUGCUCCUCGUCGUCGUAGGCAUCCCUGUCUCGUACACCUUAGGCGAUGACCGCAUCCUCGAUGGCUGCAUGCUGUGGUUCACCUGGAUCAGCAGCACCAGGCUCCAACGCAACUUUGGUCGCAGCGACAUCCUCGCCAGCGCACAAGGGUUCAAGACGACAAUCACAACACUCCUCAACCCCGUCCUCCUAACGAUUCUCGGCAUGACAGCCUACACGCGCGCCAAAGCCGCCGCCACGGACACGGCCAUCAGCGAGACAUUGGCCAAGUUUGCUUGCGGUAAUACACUCUCCUAUAUCUGGAGCUCAAAGGUAUUGGAAGAUUGGUAUGGCCAGAUUGAGUGGUUUGGCGCCGGCGACGCAGCAACCUCGAUCCUCGAGGUCGGCAUCGUCGUCUGGGGGUUCAAACUCUACGAGUGUCGGCAACAAAUCUGGUCUCGCGCCGGCGCAGCCGUGGUCAUUCUCUCGGCUGGCUUCGCGGCACUCAACGUGUUUGUGUCCGUCCUGCUCGGCCGGGCAGUUGGCCUCGGGCCACCCGAGUCGCUCGCCUUCGCGGCGCGCAGCACGACGCUGGCGCUGGCACGACCUGCAACAGGGUCAAUCGGCGGGAAUUAUGUCGUCAACGCGGCACUGGUGGUGAGCAACGGCAUAUUAGGACAGCUGAUGUACCCGUUCCUCCUGAGGAAGCUAGGCUUCGACGCCACUGAAGAGUCAGACAUCGACGUGAACGAAGAAGAAGAAGAAGAAGAGAGGCCGAGAGACGAUGCGCUUACAAUCGGGGUAGGGAUGGCGAUUGGUAUCAACGGCGCAGCCAUGGGCGUUGCAUAUCUCUAUGAGAGGAGGAUCCGGGCUGCGCCUUAUGCGGCCCUCUCGAUGACCGUGUUUGGGGUUUUCACUGUCGUCUUCACCGCGAUUCGUCCGUUUGGGGAUACCUUGAGGGCGCUUGCUGGCAUACACCAUGGCGUCCCACCGUAUGAAUAA